GUCAACUGGUUAGCCAAAUCUAACAGUUUUCAAUUGUUGAUUAAUGGAAAAUUUGACAGAAAUGGGACUGAGAGGAAGAGAUUAUAAGUCUUCUAAUAUUGUAAAGGAGAAGCAUGUUGCUGUUCAAAGAGAAGAUGUGCUUCCUAGACCACUAUCAGCAUGUUCUCAAGCUGAAUCCAUUAGAUCAAAAAUUAAAAGGAUGGAUCCUAUCUGUACAGCCAGGAAGAAGGUUGUUCCUGUUUCCCCUCAGUUGUCAACAGAAGAAGAUGUUGAUUUUGACAAACAAUUUGUCAAGGAAAGUUUCUCAUCUGCUGAUGAUGACUCUAUGUGGUUGUCUUCAGGUUGUGUAUCACCUUUAUCAUUUUUUGAAGAGCAUGAAUUGUCGAGUCCUUUUGAUCAUGUGGCUGAUGAAUGGUUAGUUUCAUGUUUCUCAUCUGCUGUUGAUGACUCUAUGUGGUUAUCUUCAGGCUGUGUAUCACCUUCAUCAUUUUUUAAAGAGCAUGAAUUGUCGAGUCCCUUUGAUCUUAUGGCUGAUGAAUGGUUAGUUUCGUGGCUGUCAAGGAUAGCAGAUUCAUAUAUUUCUUUGAGCAAAGGAGCCUCUUUUUCUGACUACUGUAAGUCAAAACCUGAAGAGCAUAAUUCAUUCCCUCUUGCUAUAGCAGUAUCAGGAAAAAUACUUCAGAAUGGUCUGGAGGGUGAAGGGGGGAGUACUUGGCAAUUGCACUCACUAGGAAAUUAUGCACCCAAUCCUCUUGCAUAUAGUGCUGAACGAAUCGAGUCCUUUCGUGGGCAUUGUAGUGAUGAAUCCACAAGUCAUGGCAAUAGUUUGAUGUCACUCAGCACCGAUCUUGACACUUCUUCUCAGGUAUCAGAUACGGAUAAAUCAAGUUUCGUGGUCUCCUCGCUGAAUCUCGAUGAGGAUGGCUCCCAGGGGAUAUCAAAUACAGAAUUAGAGUCGGAUUAUUUGAAGCCAUUUUCCCCUAGUCCAUCUUGCAAAAACAUUUGGGGUUCUGAGGCUAAAUCUAACAUCUCUACUACCAUUAACAGGGAAGAUGAAAUAACAGAAUCUAAUCUGUCCUUAGAACAGACUUCUGAAGCAGAAAACAUCGAAGAUUUCGGUGCUGAUGAGCCACUUUUCUGGCCAUUUGAUAGGAAAAUAGAUUGGAAUUCUGAGGAAACUUGGAAGUACUUCUCCAUGUCUCCUCGGAAGGAUAUAACAAAGGUUACAACUCCUGAGGGGACCUCUCCUAUAUCCAUUGGCUCAGAGCUGAACACUAGGAAUAGGAAUCUUCCAAACAGGUGUAGGAGAAAUUUGGUAUUAGAUUCAGGCUCAACAGCAUCAAAAGUAUUAGAAUUGAAACAAGGAAGCAAAGGCUACAACAACAACAACAGUACUGGAAGAGCCAAAAGGGGGAAUACUAUGGUUUCAAGGUUGAGAGAAACAACCAAAGGUUCUGCAAAAAUGGUACCCUUAGAUAUUGACAAUCAAAUUCUGCCAUUAAAAGGAGGAGAAGUUCCCACCACAACAUCGGUUUUAACAAGCAGAAACUUUUGGGAGGAUGAUUUUACAUCAAAUGAAGAACUUCCAAUUGAGACAGUACUAGGCCUUGGCGAGUUUGAUGGGCAUGAGGGCAUUGAUUCAGAGUUCAAUGAAGGCGUUUUUUCGCUCGACGAGGCUCUUUGAGUAUUAGUUUUCUGAAAACAAGAUGUAGGAAUCUAGCCAUGGAUUCCAAGCAAAAGACAGUUCACUUGAGUUUCCACGACUUAGGAAUGUUUAUAUCAGCAUACAGAUUUUAGAUGGAACAUAAUGUCAACUUAAUGUUGUUUCUCGUGUCAUUCAAACAUGGAGUCAAACAUCAGGCAAGAAUAGUUUUGGAUUUUCAUAUAUUCUUCAACUUGGAACAUAAUCUUCACAACUGGUUUCUGGUUUGCGCAAUCAGCAACUCUGUGCCAACAUUGAAAAGUCCCAAAUCCUGCAAUCCCAAGGCUGAACAAUUUGCUCAGUUUUCCUCUUUGUCAAGAAAAUUUUACACUCAGAACACUUUCUCUACAUUCCACAGUUCAUAAAAGGGCUCGGUCAAGGUACACCCAUUUCAAUUUCAAAACCAUAUAUAUUUAGUGAGGUAGCAUGUCUAUCCCAUCUGCUUCUGAGGUCUGAAAAACUUGUCAAAAAAGUUGUCUCUGAGCUUUAUGUCUUGAUAAGAGAGAUAUCUCAUAUCUUGUAUGGUGAUAAAUCCCCAAAUUUCAUACCUGAGAGCAUCAGGAAUAAUUACAUGGUUAUUAUUUGCAGUAAAACAGAAUUGUUAGAAACAAAUUUGUGCUGUAAUAACUUUGCUAUGUUAUGGUAACAAGUCUGAAAUAUUUGUUCUCCUUGCUUUAGCUUAUGUUCUUGAAUUGUCUAUUGGAUUCUUAG